GUACAACUGGCUUUGGAACAGGAACAACGGGGGGUCUUUUUGGUCCCCAAUCUCAAACAACCAGUCUGUUUAACAAACCAUUUGGUCAAGCCACCACGACGCAGAACACGGGCUUUUCUUUUGGGAACACCACUUUAGGGCAACCAAACACCAACACAAUGGGUCUCUUUGGGGUAACUCAACCCUCACAACCUGGAGGCCUUUUUGGAACAACUACCAAUACAAACACUGGUACUGGAUUUGGAACUGGAACUGGUCUUUUUGGACAGGCUAACACGGGAUUUGGUGUUGGCGGUUCGACUCUGUUUGGUAACAAGCCUGCUGGAUUUGGAACCACCACGACCAGCGCUCCCUCCUUUGGAACAACCACUGGCAGCGGGAUCUUUGGUUUUGGUGCCAACACUGCUGGAAAUAGUUUGUUUGGAAAUAAGCCUGCAACUGGGACUCUGGGAACCGGGCUUGGAACAGGCUUUGGAACAGCUCUUGGAGCAGGACAGACUUCUUUGUUUGGAAAUACCCAACCUAAACUUGGUGGAUCUCUGGGAACAGGAGCAUUUGGAGCACCAGGAUUCAAUACAUCAACUGCUACUCUGGGCUUUGGAGCCCCUCAGCCUGCUGUAGCUCUGACAGACCCAAAUGCAUCGGCUGCCCAGCAAGCUGUCCUCCAGCAGCAUCUCAAUAGCUUGACUUACUCCCCCUUUGGAGAUUCUCCGCUCUUCAGAAACCCCAUGUCAGACCCAAAGAAGAAGGAAGAGAGGCUGAAACCGACCAACCCAGCAGCUCAGAAGGCCUUAACGACACCCACCCACUACAAACUGACUCCACGGCCAGCGACCAGAGUGCGACCAAAAGCUUUACAGUCAGCUGGUUCUGCUAAGUCUCAUCUCUUUGAUGGUCUUGAUGACGACGAGCCAUCCCUAUCCAACGGUGCUUUCAUGCCAAAGAAGAGUAUUAAAAAGUUGGUUUUGAAGAAUCUCAGCAGUAGCAAUCUGUUCUCACCUGUCAAUCGUGACAAUGAAGACCUGGCUUCUCCAUCAGAGUAUCCAGAGAAUGGAGAUCGGUUCUUUUUGUCGGUACCUCCCGAUGAAAACCACAGACAAGAUGGUGAGCGAGAGGAGGAGGAAGAUCAUCAUGAAGUGACUAGGUUUUACACUAACCCCAUUGCCAAGCCCAUCCCACAGACCCCAGAGAACGCUGUCCACAAACACCAGAACAAUGUGGAUGAUACCAUCGUGGCUCUGAAUAUGCGGGCAGCCUUGCGGAACGGGCUGGAAGGCAGCAGUGAAGAUGCUUCAUUUCAUGAUGAUUCCCUUCAGGAUGAACGUGAAGAGGAGCCUGAAACCGUGCAUCAUCUGCACCCUGCAGGAAUUGUUCUCAUGAGAGCUGGCUAUUACACCAUCCCGUCCAUGGAGGAGCUGGCUAGACUCACCAAUGACAGAAAUGAAUGUAUCGUGACAGACUUCACCAUAGGCCGCAGAGGCUAUGGAUCAAUUUACUUUGAAGGAGAAGUAAAUCUAACUAACUUAAAUCUGGAUGACAUUGUACAUAUCCGUAGAAAAGAAGUGAUUGUUUACCCCGACGAUGAGAGAAAGCCACCUAUUGGUGAAGGGUUAAAUAGACGAGCCGAAGUUACCUUAGAUGGAGUCUGGCCUACUGAUAAAACAUCUCGUUGCCUGAUAAAGAGCCCUGAGCGACUGGCAGAGAUGAAUUACGAAGGGAGACUGGAGUCUGUGUCGCGGAAGCAGGGCGCUCGAUUCAAGGAAUAUCGCCCAGAGACCGGAUCCUGGGUGUUUAAGGUGGCACACUUUUCCAAGUACGGCUUACAAGAUUCUGAUGAGGAAGAGGAAGAGCAUCCUUCAAAAGUGGACACAAAGAAGUUAAAAACUACACCCGUGCCCCCCCCAGGGCAUCUGCUGCCCCAGCAAAUGACCCUAAACGGCAAACCAACACCUCCAGCUCAGACCCCAGAAGCGGAGCAGUUGGGCAGGGUUGUGGAACUGGACAGUGAUAUGGCAGACAUCACCCAGGAGCUUCCCCAGGAGUCUGUUGUAGAAGAUCACAUGCUAGAAGAGCAGGAGGCACUGCCAGCUUCCACGCACAUCGCCUCAACCCUGGGGAUUAACCCCCACGUCUUGCAGAUCAUGAAAGCUUCCUUGCUUGCUGAUGAAGAUGACCUAGAUUUGAUCCUGGAUCCUUAUCCUGGGAAGCAACCUGUAAAAAUGGAUACGUCUCAAGAGAUCUGUUCUCCAAGGCUCCCUAUUUCCAAAUCACAAGGACAGAAGAGAUAUUCAGUUGGUGGGCUGCUGCAAUCCAAAUUUGCUAAUGUCAUUUUCCAACAACCCAGUGCUGCUCCACAGGAUUUCAAGGGACCAAGGACUCUGAGCAGCCCCCCUUCUGCCGCCCUUUGGUCGGCGACGUCUCCGUUAGCGUCUGCGUUCUCUGUCCCUCCGUCUGUCCCCGAGGUACAGAUGAAAACAGUUGGUGUCCGCAGGCAGCCAGGGCUUGUCCCUCUGGAAAAGUCCAUCACCUAUGGGAAGGGGAAGCUGCUGAUGGAUAUGGCACUCUUCAUGGGCCGCUCAUUUCGUGUUGGUUGGGGACCCAACUGGACACUUGUCAAUUGUGGAGAUCAGUUGAGUGGAUCAAGUGAAAUAGACGAUCUUCAGUGUGAGCCUGUGGAAUAUGGAUUCCUGCCAACCCCUGUUGCUCCAAAAUCACUCUCAGAAUCCUCUUUCAAGGUUCAUGUGGAAAAACUGAACUUAAAACAACGAAAGAUGGACAGAGACAAGGAGCUGUACCUCAUCCCUCUGGAGAUCAAGCUGAAACACAGCACUGUCCACAUGGAUGAGCACUGUCCUCUCCUCCUGCCCAACCCAGGAGUUUCUGCUAUCCAUGACUAUGCUGACUGGGUUAGGAAGGCAUCUGAGGAUCCUGCUGUGACAGAAACUGUUGUGAAGCACUGGUGCUUGACGUGGACUUUAUGUGAAGCGAUUUGGGGGAACCUGAAGGAGUUAGAGGCCAGCUUGGAGGAGCCCAGUGAGUACAUCCUGGCCCUGGAGCGCAGGAAGGCCUUCUCUCGCUGGCUGUCGGAGACGGCUGCGGGGCGCAUUGAGGAGGAAGUCUCUUUGGCGCGGCAUGGUAAUCACGUCGAGGCUGUGUUCAGCUGCCUUACUGGGAAGAGAAUUGGUGAAGCCUGCAGGCUGGCCCAGCAGUCAGGUGACCACAGGCUCGCUCUGCUCCUCUCCCAGCUGGCAGGUAGCCAGCCCGUUCGGGAUCUCCUCACCCUGCAGCUGGUGGACUGGCACAGGCUGCAGGCAGACAGCUUCAUCCAGGAAGAGAGACUGCGCAUCUUUGCCCUGCUUGCAGGGAAGCCUGUGUGGCAGUUGUCAGAGAGAGUGAGUGUCAACGUGUGCUCGCUGCUGGACUGGAAGCGUUGCGUGGCUGUCCACCUCUGGUACCUGCUUCCUCCCACAGCGUCUAUUUCCAAGGCACUCGCCAUGUACGAGUCAGCAUUUCAGAACACAGUGGAGUGUGAAAAAUACGCCUGCUGUCCUCUGCCUCCUUACCUAGAAGAUUCUGGCUGUGUAGUUGAAGAGGACGAUAAUGCAGGAAGACCUCUGAGAGACGUGUGUUUCCAUCUGUUAAAACUCUACAGUGACAGGCACUAUGAUCUUGACCAGCUCCUUGAUCCCAGGAGUGUAACAUCUGACCCUCUGGAUUACCGUCUCAGCUGGCACCUGUGGGAAGUGCUCAGAGCCCUGAAUUACACCCAUCUCUUCAAGCAGAGCCAGGGAGUGCUGAAUGCCAGCUACGCUGCCCAGCUGGAGAGCGAAGGUCUCUGGGAAUGGGCUGUUUUCAUACUGCUGCAUGAACCUGAUACUCA